AAUCUUAUUUUGAUAGUAUAAAAUUGCAUUUAAUUUUACAUUGGUAAUGUAAAAUGCCUUAUAUUUUGAAACAAAUUUUUUUUAGCUAAAAUGCCUUAUAAUUUGAAACAGGUGGAGUAUAAGUUUAGGUUUCUCAUAAACGAUGAUCAAGCUAGUAACGGGCCCGUGUCGGACCUAGGGAGUCUUGUCUAGUUGAGAUUGUGAGAAAGAGAUCCACAAAAACAAAAGAGUUGAUGUUUGAGAGAGAGGUGGGCAAAAACGUCAAAGGUAGACCCAAUUCUUUUGACUCAAGCUGUGGCCUGAAAGUUGUGAAAAACAACUUAUCAGCUACUUCGACUACGGAAAGAAUUGCACAGCUCAGAACACUCUUCUUCUUCAAUUCUCUCUCUCUCUCUCUCUCUCUCUCUCUCUCUGCCUGCCAAAAAGCCACAAGAAAAGCAACCAGAAAACCCUUUCAUUUAAGCUUUAAAACACUAAAAACUUUAAUAAGCACAAAAAAAACCCACCUGCCCCCCAAAAAGAACAACAAAUCUUCUUCCUUUUUGUUAUACCUUACUAUCUUAGGUACUUUUUGCUUAAUCAAGUUCAUCAAAUUGCGGGUAAUUUCUCCAUUUUUGCUGUCAUUUCUCUCUCUCUUUCCAUUAUUGGGGCAACUGCAAAUUUCUUAUUGGAGUUUUAAUCUUCGCUUUUUUAGCUACUUGGUGAGUCUCUUCUUAUUACUGCUGGAAUUCUAGUGAUUGUGUACAUUGGAUCGAUCUAUCUCUUUCUUUUGACUAUUUGUUGACUGAAUUUUAAUGGAGGUUUUUGCUAUUUGGGUUUUCUGGUAUUCUUGUUUAAUUUGAUGGGUUUGUUCAGAAUUUUGAUGUCUUGGGAUUUUUUAGCUUCAAAUUUGAGGAAUUAGGUGUAGAGUUACUGACUAAAUGAUGGUGUUGAAGUUCUAUUCAAUUAAGGUCUGCAAUUAUGUGCCAAUGAUUAGCUCAAUUUGAGGCUUAUUUGUGUUGGAUUAGAACCUCAAUUUUAGGUGCAAUUACAUCAUAUUAAGGGAAUUUUAUUCCAAGAUUGUUUUUUAUUUUGGGGGGGGAGGGGGUUGUAUGUGGUGUUUGUCAUUUUGAUUUUGUUGUAUAUCAUGGAAUCAUGGUGCUUUGAUUCUCUGGAAAAGGGUUUUGUAUCGAAUGAAACAAUCCCGCAAUCUGAUUCAACUAUUAGAAAUAGAAGCGUUUUGAUGGCAUGGGAACUCAAGCCCCCUUUGAGUUAUGAGAAUAGUGUGUUAAUCUCAAGUCAAGAAUCCGUCGAGAAUUCUUGUUUUCCUGAGUUGGGUAUUGCAGAAAUGAUAAGAAAACAAUUUCAUCAUGAUUCAACAAAAAAUGUUUUAAACGGUAGUGCUGGUGUUGGAGAUAUGAUUAGUCCCAGUUUGGUCACUUCUAAUGCUAUCUCUGGGGAUGAGGAAUCAAGUUCGAAAAUCUCAAGCUCGGUCAUGGACACGAAUAGUCGAGAAUCAUCACUAAUUGAUUUGAAAUUGGGUGGAUUUGGUAAUAAACCUAAUUCUGAUUCAACUAGAGCAGCCCGGGUUUUGUCUUCUGCCGAGUCUUCAACACCAUCAAAAAGGGCUCGAGUGACGAGCUUAAGCUCACAGACUGCAUAUUGCCAGGUUUAUGGCUGCCAUAAAGAUCUCAGUUCUGCUAAAGAUUACCACAGGAGGCAUAAAGUUUGUGAUGUUCAUUCAAAGACUUCUAAAGUUAUUGUCAAUAAUAUUGAGCAAAGAUUUUGUCAACAAUGUAGCAGGUUCCAUCUGCUGGGUGAAUUUGAUGAUGGUAAGCGAAGCUGUCGUAAACGACUUGCAGGUCACAAUGAAAGGAGGAGGAAACCUCAAAUAGGCUUUGGCGGUAGAAAUGGGAGAUCAUUUCAGUCCUACACUGGAAGCAAUUUUCAGGGGUUCAGUCAAACAUCAAAAUCCUUUAUCUGCCCAGAUAUACUUCAAAGAGGCACAUCACAUACAGAAAAUUAUGGAACAAAUGAUUGGGUUAGAUAUGUAAAAGUUGAAAAUGAAACAGAGUGUACCCAAAAGCCAGCAUAUAAUUGCAUAAAUGGACAGCUUCAUCCAAAAUCUACUUUGCCCCCUUCCAUUAUUGAGAAACAGUGGUCAUUUGUUGACGACACAAAUAACACAAAGCCACAAAGUGUUUUUGGGGAGAAUGUUAAUCAAUAUACUACACCAGAAAUAGUCUCACAUUCCUUGUUUCAAACUCACUCAUCAGCAGCAAGGAAUGAAGAAUAUACACUUUUGAACGCAGCAUCAACCGUUCAAGGAUUACCAGUAAUAUCAGAGUCCGGUUGUGCUCUCUCUCUUCUGUCAUCUCAAUCAUGGAAUUCUUCAGCUCAUUCAUCAGGAAUGCCUGGAGAUCACUCUUUAAUUAUAUCGAGCAGUAGCCCAUGCUAUCCUAUGAACGUCAAGGAUCGGUUGUCGUGUGAAAACGUCCCUACUAUUGAUUUGCUUCAGUUGUCAUCUCAGCUGCAUCGAGUGGAAAACCGGAGGCAAUCUGAACCUCAUAAGCAGGAAACCGAAGGUUUCUGCUGUCUCCGAAUGACAUGAAAGACAGAACAUGAGGUAUAAGAACUGAGUAGUAGUACCUGAUGAGUUAAUGACAUUCAUCUCUCUAGUAAUAUUAUGUGAACUUCCAUAAUUUACAGCAACUAGCCCACUACCCAUCACUGCGAUCAUGUUCUUUUGUUUUUGUCCAGUGUUGUGGCAUCCUGGAAUCAAACAGCUGUAUUUGUAAUGAGAUGCAUUAAUUUUUCUAGUUAAACAUAGUGAAAAUUAUAUGAAAUUCUACUUAUUUAA